CGAAUUGUCGUGGUGUUAGGGGGGUAUUUAACAAAAAGAAAACAAACCCACCAACCCUCGUCCCCACCCACUGAAUCCCUGCGCUUGAACAGCACUAAAUAACUCAUAAAGGCGUGUCCCUUGACGUCCGUGAGCACCGUAAAGGUCCAGCCUUUGUUGGGUUUCGCGAGUAAUGGCUUCGAGGUUGUUGUGGGCUUCCAGGGCUGCUUCUCAUCUCAGGAUCUCUGUUUCCCACAGGGGAUUCGCUACCGUUCUGAAAGAUCUGAAGUAUUGUGACUCCCAUGAGUGGGUGAAAGUUGAAGGCAGUUCUGCGACAGUUGGCAUCACCGAUCAUGCUCAAGAUCAUUUGGGUGAUGUCGUGUACGUCGAAUUACCUGAAGUUGGGGCACCUGUGACCCAAGGUGAAGGCUUUGGCGCGGUUGAAAGUGUGAAGGCCACCAGUGAUAUAAACUCCCCCGUUUCAGGGAAAGUUGUUGAAGUCAAUGAAGAACUCAGCAAUUCUCCUGGCUUGGUUAACUCGAGCCCAUAUGAGCAAGGAUGGAUCAUAAAGGUUGAAAUAAGCGACGCAGGCGAACUAAACAACCUGAUGGAUGCUGACAAGUACUCCAAGUUCUGUGAAGAGGAGGAUGCGAAGCACUGAGCAAAUUCUUGACCCAAGUUGUGUACUGAUGUCAAGUUCCGCAAUGACUUGUUUUUCGUCCGACGCCUUUUCGUUUCUUUCCUGACAUUUACAUCUGAAUGCAUCUUUUCUUGAGUUUCUUUAACGCA